AUGUCCAUAUCAAUGUCCUUGUUCUCUCCGCCGCUAACUCGCCUUCCAUCUUCCUUCUCUUCCAAGCCCCAUUUCAUCUACAAACCCACACUCUCUCUCAGACCCACAAACCCUCCUUUUCUCCUCUCCACUCCCAAGGCCUCUGCAGACAAUGGAGGAGCUGGAGUUUCAGCCUCUGCUGUCACUGUAGAAGAACAAACAUUGGAGCAGAAGGCACCAGUGUCUUCUGAAUCAUCAGUUCCUGUGGCUGAAAAGAGCUCUAAUGGUGCUGUGGCUGCUGGUGGAGAGGUGAAGGUUGAAGUCAGUAAAUUUGAGGACCCCAGAUGGAUUUCAGGGACUUGGGACUUGAAGCAGUUUGAGAAAGAUGGGAAAACUGAUUGGGAUUCUGUUAUUGAUGCUGAGGUUAGGAGGAGAAAAUGGCUCGAGGGUAACCCAGAAUCAUCAAGUAACGACGAGCCUGUUGUUUUUGACACCUCCAAAAUACCAUGGUGGGCAUGGAUGAAAAGAUUCCAUCUGCCUGAAGCAGAACUUCUCAAUGGACGUGCUGCAAUGAUUGGGUUCUUCAUGGCUUACCUGGUUGAUAGCUUGACUGGUGUUGGUCUGGUUGAUCAGAUGGGCAACUUCUUCUGCAAAACUCUGCUGUUUGUAGCUGUUGUAGGAGUACUUCUAAUACGGAAGAAUGAGGAUUUAGAAACCAUAAAAAAGUUGGUGGAGGAGACAACCUUCUAUGACAGACAAUGGCAAGCAACCUGGCAGGAUGAGACAUCUACCAGCCCUAAAAAUGAUUAG